CGGGCACUCGCGGCGUCGCGGUCCAAUCAGAGGCGAGGCCGUCUCCCUCUCUUUUGCUCUCCGCCACGCGCCGCUCUCACUGCACGAAGACGGGGUCGCCUCACUUUCUCUAUGUGAUGUGCGCAUUCGCUCAGAAAAUGAAUCCCCAGGCUCUGCCCUGCCAAGAGAGGAGAUGAGCCCGACGGGUACUGAGAAACCCCUCGCCUAAUUCGUGGAAGCGGCGGAGGCGGAUUCCGCUGUCCUUAAGGAAGCGGCAGGAGGAGGUGGCGCAGCCGGCGGAGUGAGCCCCACUCUGCUCGCCCCAGUGAGGAGGCCGUGAUAACCGUUGGGAGGGCCGAAAAGAAAAUGACUGGAAGAGCUAGAGCUAGAGCGAGAGGAAGAGCUCGUGGCCAGCAAAUUUCUGUACCUCCUGUAGGAGCAGCUUCUGGUCAGCAGCCACCUAGCUAUGUGCAACCUAGACCUUUGCAACCUCAACCACAACCGCCAUCAGAGGGAGAAUUUGUUGGCCGUGGACGACAAAGAGGAGCUCCUAUUGUUCCACAAGGACAUGAUAUUUCAGUUGGUUUUCAGGAAUUGUCAUUAGCAGAUAGGGGUGGACGUCGCAGAGAUUUCUAUGACCUUGGGGUAAAUACGCGGCAAGCCAUAGAACAUGUUAAAGAGUCAAAAACAGGUACUUCAGGUACCACAAUAAGAUUAAGUACAAACCAUUUUCGGUUGACGUCUCGUCCACAAUGGGCUUUAUAUCAAUACCAUAUUGAUUAUAAUCCUCAGAUGGAAGCUCGGCGUCUUCGUUCAGCUUUACUCUUUCAGCAUGAAGAAAUUAUUGGGAGGACACAUGCAUUUGAUGGAACAAUAUUAUUCUUACCAAAAAAACUAGAAAAUAAGGUUACUGAAGUGUUCAGUCAGACCCGAAAUGGAGAGAAUGUCAAGAUUACUAUCACCUUGACCAAUGAGCUACCACCUACUUCACCUACAUGCUUGCAGUUUUACAACAUUAUUUUUAGAAGGCUUCUGAAAAUAAUGAACUUGCAGCAAAUUGGACGUAAUUAUUACAAUCCAAGUGACCCAAUCAGCGUUCCCAAUCACAGGUUGAUGAUUUGGCCAGGCUUCACUACUUCUAUUCUCCAGUAUGAAACAAACAUCAUGUUGUGUACGGAUGUGAGCCAUAAAGUUCUCCGCAGUGAAACUGUGUGGGAUUUUAUGUACAACCUGUAUAAGCAGGUUGAAGAACAAAGAUUUAGAGAAACUUGUGCUAAGGAACUGAUAGGGCUAAUUGUUCUUACAAAGUAUAACAACAAAACAUACAGAGUUGAUGAUAUUGACUGGGAUUCCAAUCCAAAAUGCACCUUUAAGAAAGCAGACGGUUCUGAAAUCAGCUUUGUAGACUACUACAAAAUGCAGUAUAACCAAGAAAUCACUGACUUGAAUCAACCAGUUUUGGUCAGUCAGCCUAAGAGGAGGAGAGGACCAGGAAUGCCAGGACCUGCGGUACUCAUUCCUGAACUGUGCUACCUCACAGGAUUGACUGAUAAGAUGCGUAGCGAUUUUCAUGUAAUGAAAGACUUGGCUGUUCAUACAAGACUGACACCUGAGCAAAGACAGUGUGAAGUUGGAAGACUCAUUGAUUACAUUCACAGGGAUGAUAAUGUUCAGAAGGAACUUCGUGACUGGGGUUUGAGUUUUGAUUCCAAUUUACUAUCCUUUACGGCAAGAGUUGUUCAAGCAGAAAAAAUUCAUCAAGCGGGAAAAGUGUUCGACUACAAUCCUCAAUUUGCAGACUGGUCAAAAGAAACUAGGGGAGCUCCCUUAAUUAGUGUAAAACCACUGGAUAACUGGUUAUUAAUAUACACACGGCGCAAUUAUGAUGCUGCCAGUGCAUUAGUUCAAAAUCUAUUUAAAGUCACACCAGCCAUGGGCAUCCAAAUGAACAAGGCAAUUAUGAUUGAAGUAGAUGAUAGAACAGAAGCUUAUUUGAGGGUCUUGCAACAAAAGGUUACCUCUGACACACAGAUAGUAGUUUGCAUUCUAUCCAGUAAUCGUAAAGAUAAGUAUGAUGCUAUCAAGAAAUACUUAUGUACCGAUUGCCCGACUCCAAGUCAGUGUGUGAUAGCUCGCACUCUAAGCAAGCCACAAAGUGUAAUGGCUAUAGCAACGAAAAUUGCUUUACAAAUGAACUGCAAGAUGGGUGGAGAGCUCUGGAGUGUUGAAAUCCCAUUGAAACAAGUUAUGAUUGUUGGAAUUGACUGUUAUCAUGACGCUACAGCUGGGCGGCGAUCAAUUGCAGGAUUUGUUGCUAGUCUGAAUCAGGGAAUGACACGGUGGUUCUCUCGCUGUGUCUUCCAAGAUCGUGGACAAGAACUUGUGGAUGGACUCAAGGUCUGCUUGCAAGCUGCUUUAAGAUCCUGGUUCAGCUGCAAUAAUCAUAUGCCAUCUCGCAUUAUCGUGUAUCGUGAUGGUGUAGGAGAUGGUCAGCUAAAAACCUUGGUUAACUAUGAAGUACCCCAGUUUUUGGAUUGCUUGAAAUCUGUUGGUAAAGAUUACAACCCAAGACUUACAGUAAUAGUGGUGAAGAAACGAGUGAAUACUAGGUUCUUUGCACAGGCUGGUGGAAGACUUCAGAAUCCACCCCCUGGCACAGUUAUUGAUGUAGAGGUUACCCGGCCAGAAUGGUAUGAUUUUUUUAUUGUGAGUCAGGCUGUGAGAAGUGGUAGUGUUUCACCAACCCACUACAAUGUAAUCUAUGACAACAGUGCAUUGAAACCAGAUCAUAUGCAACGUUUAACUUACAAGCUCUGCCACAUGUACUAUAACUGGCCAGGUGUUAUCAGAGUGCCUGCACCUUGCCAGUAUGCCCAUAAACUGGCUUUUCUUGUGGGUCAGAGCAUUCACAGAGAACCGAAUCUGUCACUCUCAGACCGUUUAUACUACCUUUGAGCUACAGAAGUGGAUAAAGUGAAGUUUGUGGAACUUUCUGUGGUACUGGUUUUUCUUUUUCUUACUGAAGUUGUAGUUUUCUACAAAACUUUGAUGCAAAAAUAGUAAAUGUGCAUGGGGAAAAUGCGUAACUUCGCACAAAGAUCAUGUCGUUUUUUUCUACAAUGAAAAUAACAAUUAUAGCAUAAAAAGGCAAUUCUGAGUAAGUUCAGUUACCUUUUAAACUGACAAAGCAAAGUUAAUAUUUUCCUACAGCCUACUUGCUAAUUUAAAAGCAUUUUCUCUGUGUGUGUGUGUGUGUGUGUGUGUGUGUGUGUGUGUGUGUGUGUGUGUGUGUGUGUGUGUGUUUGUUUUAAAGGGGAACUACAGGCAUCACAGUUGCUCUUGUGGGGAAUCUGUGCUUAUGUGUACUUCAUGAUUGAAUACACUAAACAUAAGUUGCACUAAGCUAAAGCAGACUUCUUUGGUUCCUGUAUUAAUAGUUGACUACUUAAAGCUAUAUUGAAAAAGGGAAAGCUGUUGACCCUUGAAUUUUGCAUGCCAGCUGUCUCCUAAAAAAGUAUAGGCAUUGUGCCCAGUGUUCUUAGUUAUCAAGGCUCAUUUUUGUGGUGAUUCUUCCAGAUACUGUAAGCAUGAUGAAAUGUCACUGUACUUGUCAUUCUGAUUUUCCUCUUGCAUACACCAGUAAAGUUAAAAUAUUAAAACUGCCCUAUGCAAGUUUCUUGCCAAUCUUUGCAGCUGGAAAACACAGGCUUAACCAGUUACAUCAAAUCUUCAAACAGAGGUGCUCCAAUGGACAGUGAAAAUAAAGUAAUGUUAUUGGUUAGUCAUACAAUAGAAGUUAGAAACAAAAAACACAUAUUUGAAAUGGACUGGAUGACCUGCAGGAGCACGACUGGUUCCCACUUGUUGGCCCAGUCUACUUUGAAGUCUCAUUGAUGAAGUCCCUUGGGGAACUGGUGGAACGGAUAAAGUCAGUGUUUUCCAUCUGCAUAGAGACAAAAUAUCCAUGAAGAUGUAGAUAGGGCCUUCAAAUGUUCCGUAAUAUUUAGCCCAAUUAUCCAUUUCUUAAUUUCUUCUCACUACUUCCAGUUACUCCUUUAUGUGAUCCGAAAUAACUUCAAACUAUUGCGGAAAUAACUUCUGCAGCAGUUUCACUUUUUCAUGCUCAUUGACUAGCACUCUGGGUUGCUGUGCUAAUACAAUAUGGACAUAUGAAAACUAGAAGACAUUUCAAGUAUUUCCAUAACUAGCUUAAAUUUUAAGCUAAAAGUUGUAUAAAUUUGGACAUGUGAAGUAAAGCACUGUAGCUUAGAACCACAAGAAUCGUCUUUUUAUUAUUCUUUCAGGUUCUUCCUGUGUACUAAAAUAAAGCAUCACCAAGCAAAAUCAUAGUAGCUUACUUACGUUGAUGUCUUUUGGAUUAGUUAAACUCUUUAUUAGAAAGGUACAUUUGUUUAAAUAUAAGAUCAUUGUAGUAAUUAGAACCAACUUAAAUUGUGAACGUUUUUCCUUUUUCUUGAUAAUACAUUUCAAUAAAGUUUUUUGUUUAAAAUCUUG